GUUGGCUGUGUCUUCUGCGCAUGCGCAAGAAGGUGGGACCGGGACGCGCGAACAACUCAUGCGGAUAUACACCGCUGUGUAAAAUGGCGGCGUGAGAGAGGCUCUUUCAAAACACAGAGAUCGUUACCGGUGAAGGCGGUUAGCUAACGUCUGUGAGACCGUCCGCGCUACGUGGAGUCGCCCGUACGUCACUCAGAGGCCGAGGUGGGAAUUCCCGUUCCAGAAAAGGGCAGGUGGGAUGGCGAAGAGGAUCGCUGACAAAGAGCUCACGGACAGGAACUGGGACCAGGAGGAGGAGGGAGAGGAGGCCGGGACGUUCUGCGUGGCCAGUGACGAUGUGUUGAAGAGCCGGGCGAUCAAGAAGGCCAAACGCCGAAAUAUCGGAGAGAGCGAGGGCAGCGGGUCCUUUAAAGGUUUUAAGGGCUUCUCUCUGACCUCGGCAGCGGGCGGAGCCUCGGCUCCAACGGCGUUUUCUGGUUUUGGCAACGGGGGCGGCUUCAAGGGCCUCGGGACCCUGACCAACGGGACCAGCACCGCGCCGUCCUUCGGGGGUUUCUCGUCUCCCGCUGCAACGGCCGCUCCUACGCCGGCCUUUGGCAAGAGUUCGACAGACGAGCCGGCCGCCCCCCCCCCCGGCGGCGGCGGCGUCACCUUUAACUUCGGUCAGAAGGUGGACGGCACCGUGCUCGGCGGCGGGGGGGCCAAGACGACCCCCCCCGGCUUCUCGUUCGGCUCCACCUCUCUGUUCGGGGCGCCGGGAUCCUUCGGGGCGAAGACCGAGGACGCUCGGCCCGCAGACGUGAACGGAGACGAGGAGACGGAGGAGCCGCCCAAACCGGAGGUCAAAGAAGUGAAAGAGGACAACGCCUUCUACUCUAAGAAGUGUAAACUGUUCUACAAGAAGGAAUCCGAGUUCAAAGAGAAAGGAGUGGGAACUCUGCACCUCAAACACACCCAGGACGGGAAGAUUCAGAUGAUCAUUCGCGCCGACACUAAUCUGGGAAACAUCCUGCUGAACAUCAUGCUGCAGGCGUCCAUGCCGUGCUCCCGCGUGGGGAAGAACAACGUGAUGGUGGUGUGCGUCCCCAACCCCCCCGUCGACGACAAGGACCCCGGCAGCCCCGUCCCGCUGCUGAUCCGGGUCAAAACGGCCGAGGACGCCGACGAGCUGCACACAACCCUGGAGGAGAAGAAAGGCUGAACCCCCGCCCCGCCCCCCUUCUGUGGACUUCACCUGGUCAUCCUUCCACACUCAUCCACCCGUCAUCACGCCGGUUUCAUCCACACACACACAGACACACAAUAUGCAUAAAAUAUUGGGUGUCAAUCAAAAGUUAUUUUUUGGCCUACAAUGCCAUAUUUAAAGUCAGCCAUGAUACACAGAUAUGAGACGAUACCGUUAACGCCCACUGUGCAACACACACACAAUUACACACAGACAUGCAGACAUGCAGACACACAGGGACAUGCAGACACACUGGGACAUGCAGACACACAGGGACAUGCAGACACACAGGGACAUGCAGACACACAGGGACAUGCAGACACACAGAGACAAACAUACACACAGGGACAGACACACAGGGACAGACACACAGAGACAGACACACACAGGGACAGACACACAGAGACAGACACACAGAGACAAACCGGGACAAACACACAGACACAGGGACGAACACAGAGACAGACACACAAGGACGAACACACACAGGGACAAACAUACACAGACACACAGGGACAUACAUACACAGAGACAGACACACACAGAGACAGACACACAGAGACAAACAUACACAGACACACAGGGACGAACACACACAGAGACAGACACACACACACACAAUCACACAGACACAAACACACACAAUCACACACACAUGUAAACCCCCUUUCUCCCCCAUUACAACGUGUCAUACUGUGAAAUCUUUAGACUUUGAGUCCCAACCAUCAGAAGCCGCCCGUCCACAUUCCUCCCGGGUCCCGGUCCCCACGGCGACCGCGGUCGUCUCCUCGGCGGGAACAGACCCCGUACGGCACGUCACCCGGCGGUGUCACGCGGCUGAAAGUGUGAAUCCAGACGAAUUAUACUUAUUAUCGAACAAUAUUUACCACUGAGUUCAUUAUUAUUUUUUUGGGGGGGA